UUCUGUAAAUUGUCCGGUUUGUCGUUUGUGAUUAUUUGCAAAAUAUUACUCUCGUUAAAUUCGUUUGCUAUCAAAUUCGAUGACCAUGACUGAGAAACCAAAAUUGGAUCUUGGCGUUUUGGAGGAGGAUGAUGAGUUCGAAGAGUUCCCAGUCGAAGAUUGGACUGGUAAGGACAAGGAUGAACAAGACAUCAGCGUGUGGGAAGACAACUGGGAGGAUGAUAAUAUUGAGGAUGAUUUCAAUCAUCAGUUGAGGGCUCAGCUGGAGAAGCAAAAAGCUAAGCCAGCAAAUUAACUUUAAAUGUAUUCUCUUUAAUGUAUUGUAAAAAAUAAAUCUUAAUUACAUAUAA